GAGUCUGACGUUUAAUUGUAGUUUAUUUAGUAGACGAUUGCUAAACAUUUGUAUAUCAAUUUGUUUUGAAAAUUUUAUUUCUUUCCUUUUAAUUUGCGUAAAGAUAAUAUGCGUUUUUCACAAUUCUGUUGACAUUUUUUUAGGUUGAUACUUCUGUAAAGUAUACAGUGCCGUCUUCAAAAAUUAAAUACCGUCAAAUGUGAAUCUCCUAAAAGUUUAUUUAUAUUUAUUGGUCCAUUAUACUUAAUACAUGAUUCAUGUAAUAUUCUGUAGCAAGGUUUAUUCUCAGUUUUUCGAGGAUGUUCAGAUAAUAUUUUUACAUUCUGUUUGAAGCUGUGUGUGUCAUAGUAUGAAUAUACAAUACAAUAAAAAUUAAGGUGUUUGUACUUUUUUUUAAUAUCUUGUGCAUAUAGAUUAGUGUCUAUUGGAAUAGAUUUUUGAAAAACCGAACUUUUUUAUUUAAUUUGUUUAUUCUCCAGACUCCACUUUUUUAUAUAAAUUGUUAAUCGAGCCGGAUCUGCAUUGUGAAUUGUAACAGCAAAGUGAAGUUUGUCAAAAAUGGCAAAGUAAUGUGAAUUGAUUUCAAGAAGAUUUCCAUAUGUAAAGGUUAUCUAUAGAAGAAGUAUGAAUGUCUGUUGAUAUGUCAAACAUUUCAGUUUAAUUGAAAGGUUAAAAUGUCAAAAUAAGAAUGUUUGUAUAAUUUAUUAAUUAUGACAGAUGGAGAUAAAUUAUUUGAAAAUAAAAUUGGAGAUGCUUGGGAUAAUUUUCACAAUUGGUUAUAUUGCAUAUGUGUUGUAACAUUUGAUCUGGAACUAGGACAAGCUCUCGAGAGUAUCUAUCCCAAACAUAUUAACCUUACAAAACAAGAAAUCUCAAAUGUAUGCUAUUUGGCAUUUCCCGAUUCCAAUUCUGGUUGUAUGGGAGAUACUAAUUUUAUUAUAAGACUUCAGAAUAAUCAAGGUUCAAAAAACCUUAGUAAUGAGCACCACAACUACAAUUCCAAGUGCCCUACUGCGUUGCAGGUAGAUGCCUCCUUCUAUUGGGGAUAUGUAUAUUUUCGACAAGUCAAGGAUAUUACUUUGCCAAGGGGAUAUUUUCAAAAAAGUGUUGUAAUUCUUUCUUUUCUUCCAUUCAACAACCUAUUUAGUAAAAUUUGUAGCUACAUUGCUCCUGAAUAUUUUGAAAAUGGAGAUAUUACUCUAGAAGCAGUAUGUUAUAAUAUUGAAAGAUGGCCGCCUCCACGACCUGGCUCUACAUUGAAUUUACCAUUGCUUGGCUCUGUUUUCCAGACAUAUAUUCCUUUGUCCACAUCAGCAAAUUCCACAUUGCCUUUACUCAGUGAACCUGGUGAUAAUCAAAUACAAACUAAUGUUGAAGAUUUGAAUUUAUUCGAGAUUCUUCAGCCAGUUUUAUCACAUAUCCAUCUAUUGUGGGAAUUGGUUAUUGUUUCUGAACCCAUAGUGGUAAUGGCAUCAUCUCCAACUCAUUGUUCUUCAAUGGUAUUGGCAUUAACAAGACUCAUCAGUCCCUUACAAUACUGUGGUGACUACCGCCCUUAUUUUACGAUACAUGACAGUGAAUUUAAACAAUUUACAAAUAAAAGUCAGGGACCACCCCCUGUUAUUCUUGGAGUUACUAAUCCGUUUUUUGGAAAAACGUUACAUCAUUGGCCACAUACAAUAAGACUUAGUGACGAUUUGGGACAAGCUCAGAAAUACAAACUUAAGAAAACAGCUCCAACAAAAAUGAUUGAUACUAGUCCUGGUGUGUUCACAGCUUACAAACCUUUAUUACAAAAAGAUAAAAACUUCAUCAAAAAAUUAUUAAGUGGAAUUAGCUCAAAACGGCCAUUUGAGGUGCAAUCUGCUCUGUUGAGGAGACAUUUAUUAGAACUAACUCAGAGUUUUAUGAUUCCUUUGGAGAGGUACAUUGCUAGUCUCAUGCCACUCCAGAAGAGUAUUCAUGCAUUUAAAGCACCGCCAUCACCUUUACCUUUCAACCCAGACUCAUUUUUUGCAACUUUGGAAUCCGCUGGACCUCAGUUAACUUUAAAUAAUACAGGAAUUAAAGGAGAUUGGGUGGCAUUAUACAAGAAAUUCUUCAGAUCUCCGAAUUUCACAGCCUGGUUCAAUGCUAGGUACAGUGAUUUAACUUUGAAAUUACAAGCUCUCCAGACUGAGGCCUUGUCAAAUGCUGAUUUGAAGUUGUGGGCUCAAGGUCGACCGGAAGUAGAAAUAGUAGACAUGGUCCUGAGAAUCCAAAAUAAUAUUAAAAAAUGUGAUCAACAUGUCAUACCUGUGAGUUUAGCCAUCAAAGAAAAACUCAAUCAUCGUUUAAAUGAGAUUGUAUCAGGACUUCCCGACGACUUGAAAAAUAUUCUACAUAUUUCAUGAUAUAUGCUGAAAAAAUCGAAACAAAUUUAUUUGUAUUAUUGUAGCAAAUUUUAUACGUUAUACAAGGUUGUGACGUAAUUGUUUCAUGUUAUGUCUUGAUUGCAAUAAUUUCUUAGUUACCUACAAUCUUUCAAAUAUUUAUACAGAUAAAAAUAUAUUUUUGUUACACUUGAAAGUACAGUUAGAUAUUUAAUUUUAUGAAUAAAUAUACAAGAAAAGUCGUCAGCAAAAACCUGUGUAGCGAAUAUGCAGGAAAAUAUUAGAAGAUUAGAAUGAGGGUAUGAAAGUUUAUUCACACCUUAUGAAAUGUACAGUAUUUCAAACCAAUCUGAUAACUAUUUUUUUUAUAAACUUUGAACUAUCUAGAAUUGGUGGCGCCCCCACGAAUAUGAUUUACAAUGUUUACAAUGAUAUGAUAAAACUUGAGGAGCAACUUGUUUAACUAUUGUUUGAAAUCCCGAACGAAUACCCAUCAAGGAGCACCGUCUGUGCCGAUACCAACUAGCUUUGACCAAUCAAUUCUGUUUUCUUCAAUAAAAUGUUUCAAAGUUAAAAAUACAUCUUCGCCGCGAGUAAUGAUCAAAGUAUUCCCAUUUUACAUUAUUGUCUUUUAUGUAAUGUAUAAAUAGCAACAAUUGCGAGCACGAAGCUACAUCAGUCGAAUCGUCUAAUUGCAGCGUUAACAUAAGACUUUCUUUAAUAUCAGAAAUUACAGUUUGUCACUACUCAUCUCUGCAAUACGACUUGGAACUGUUGUAUUGGAGUGUGAAAUCUGCUUUAUCUUGGCCACAUGUUGCUCGCCAAUUACAAGAGAUACUGCAUCAUAUAAGCAGAUAAUGAGAUCCUCUCCUAUAGUAUGAGAUUUUUUGUUCACAGCAAAGCGAUAAGAAAUAACACUAAACUUAUUUCAUGUUAUCAAUUAAAAUCCACAAUAACAAAGAAAUACUUACCAAAAAACUAAAUUAAAAUAUUAAGGUUUAAAUGAAAUCACUUCACUAAUUCAACGAUACAAUUCAAAUGCGCACGUUGUCUGGCUGAUAGCGGGCGGCAAGGAAAGGAGGUGCUCACUCGCACGAGCGGCGAUGGCAGCGCGUAGUCGGCGCUCAGAUUUGUCAUUUUAAAAUUCGACGUUCGAGACAACAACUGACUCAUUGUUACCCUUCCGAAAUACAAGUUUUACCACCGCGGUGGUAAUUACCCACCGGUUAGGAAUCAAUGGUCUAGACCCUGUAAGAUUCCAACAGAAACCAUUGUAUUAGUAAAGAUAUUUUCAAAUUCAAUAGUUUCAGUUUUGUUCCUUAAAAAUUAUAUAUUUAAAAUAUGUUUUUUCUUUCUGUAUUUUUAAAUCAAAAGUAUAUAUAGCAUAAUAUUAACAGAUUUAAGUUAAUGCAAUCCAAAGAUCUACUGAACACACUGUUUAGUACCACUCCAAUUACACUGUCCUAUGCGUGUUUCGAUAAUUUCGAUUAUCGUUUUCAGAUAAUCGAGGUAGAUUGUUUGGGAAGUCGUUUUGAUCUUAUAGCCACUCUGCUCCUACACCUAGAAGGUAUUCUAUAUCUCGUUGUUCUGCCUCCAAUAGACUCGUCCAAACGGAGUCUAUUCUCCUGAGGUUUAUGUGUUUCACUUGUUAGCCUAUCAUCUUAAGGUGAUGUUUGACGUGGUAGUGAACUGUCAGAAGACCGACAAUCAGUUUCAUGUCAUUUCUGCUCAUUACGAGAAGUUUUUCAGACUUCUUAGUUGAUAUGGUUAUGAAUCUUUUAGAUUGUCUUGGGCCUGGAGUGUUUCUCCAGUGAGACUCCAUCUGAUUCUUCAGUCAUCCGUUCAGUUAAUUAUUGAUGUGGUGUUUUAUGAGGUCUUGGUAAAGCUCUAGUCCUAGGUAUGGAGUUGUUGUCUCUUUUUUGGCAAGGUCGACUGCUUCCUCAUUACCUAGUAUAUUCUGGUGUCUUGGUAGCCACAUUAGGGUUACUUUGUUUCUGUUAAGUAGUGCUUUUAGAGUUAGUUUACAUUUCCACACUAGUUUGGGCGUGCAUUCAGUAGCUUUCAGGACCUAGAGAGAAUGCGAAUGUGCUUUUUAGAGACGUUUCUAUCCAUUCAUUCCUGAGCACAUUUGUUUAUUGUUAGCAAUUUUACCUGAAAAAUGGUGAGUGGUUCUCCUAGUGGUAGGGGGAGCUUGCAUUUUGGUCCACAAAUGCUCAAUCUAACUCCUUGCGCUAGCUUCGAACCAUCUGUGUAUCACAGAGAUACAUUUCGAACGUUCGGAAGUUUUUUAUUGACCCAUGAUUGUCUGCCAUUAAUUACCGCUAAAUGUCUCUUUCUUCACUAUAAGGUGAAGGGGAGGCAGGUUUAGUAGUGCAUCUAAGACUGUUGUGUGACAGGUUGACAUUGUCCCUGUAAUACCACCCAGAUAGACCAUACUUUGAAUCUUGUUCAGAUUUUUCUGAGUUAUUUGUUUAGUUUUUGACCACCAAGCAAGCGGUGCGUAUUUGAUGAAGUGUUUCAUGACUGUUGGUAUAUUUAAUAUACUAUCUUAGACUUUAGUCCCCAUGUCUUGCCAACAAGCUUGCGUCAAGUCCAUUUAGCCGCAGUAACUUUUAACUCUUAUAUAUUUUACUUCAUCAGGUAUCAAUUUAGUCCCAUUAAAGAUAGAUGCGCUUAUAUUUGCGCACCAAAUUAAACAGUAAUUGGUUUUUGGAGACUGUAUCUUUGUUAUCCACACACAUCUCAUUCAGUAUAAUUAUUGGUGAAGUGAUAGAAAAUAGUGUGUUCAUCAGGGUGUUUCCAAAAAUUUCAACUCAACUGCAAAUCUGUUUAUACUUCUUAUAUAUUGUUGAAAAGUUGUUUUAUUGUAUUCGAGAGACUAUUACUUUGAACGAUGUUCUAUUCUGUUGAGUCUUCUUCUAUCUUAGUUUCAAAACGUUUGAGUCCAUCAUUCAGAGCAAUAUUUUUAUUGAUAACUCGUGUAUAUGAAAAGUGUCCAUUCCUUUGGUGCUGAUGAACAAUUGAAUCAGACGAAGUAUAUUUCGCUAAAUUUUUUUCAAAUUGAUGAAACUUUUUGAUAAAUACUAUUUUUCAGUACCGUCCAUUCAUUACUUGUUUGGAGAUAUUAAGAUGAAAUUGAUUAUGUAUGUUACAAUAGAAUAAUUCAGAUUUGCUCAUUCAAUUAAUUAUAUUUAGAUUUAUUACAUUUGAAUGAAAAUAUUUUGAACUAAAAUCCCGCUUGCCAAGAUAUUUUUUGACAUUGGAAGUUAAUUUUCAAUGUAAUACUAAAUUUGGUUUCAGAAAUGAAUGAACUAUUAUCUUACAGUUUUAUUCCUGUCGAUUGAACAAUUUUUUAUAAGUGUUUAAGCAUGUAUAUAAAUUAAAUAGUUUAUUUUGUAAUAAA